CCGUUGAGGACAAGCGGUGGAAGCGAACAUAGGGCUGAGAACCAAGAUCGAGAUCGCGUCGCGGGCAGACCCAUGGCGUUCCAGCGAUUUGCCAGGACCACUGCGUCGGCAUCAACGAGCGUGCAUGACAUUUGGUGAGUGAUGGUCGCAUUCAAAACAUGCUUCACGAGGGUCACGUUUUCAAGGCAAGUUCGAAUUUAUGUUUGAAUGAGUGUUAUUGCAUUCAGGUAGUCAUGCUACGUGACCACUCAUAUCUUCGUCCUAACGAAUGCCAUGCCACCCCGAAAGGCCUGGCUAUGGAGAUAUCAUAUUCUAACUCCCCCCUCGAGAGAAACAAUGCAAGCGAAUGCAAGGAGCACCAGCCACAGGCCAAGGUGCUCGUUGGGUGUAAAGCCAAUCCCCGAACUGAACAUGUGUAUCCUUCCAAUCUUGUCGCACAAACUGGAUUAAAGCCAUCCACAUGCUCAGUAAAACAGUUCGCAUGUCGUGGAAAAGAAGAAGUUCGAAGAGGAGCCUCACUAGCAAUGGCAUACAGGUAUGCUGCACGGCUAACGAGGCGACGAAUGGUAAUGGUAUGGAAAGCAAACGCAACACAAACAGGCAACCGAUCCCACCCAAAAUGCACCAACAAACAAUGACGAAACAAGGAAACAAGUCGUAAGUGGCCGUAAUGUGGGAGCGCCAAACCUGACGCGGUAGAA